CCUUACGCUGUCCUUGGUCCGGUCUCUCUGCCGGUAUUCGGGUGAUUCUAGGGCUUGAGCGGCCUACGGCGGGGGCUGAGGUCGAGAGGGCAAACCAGACGAUGGAGCCCGUGCCGGCUGUGCCCUGGGUGCCCCCGCACGACCCGCAGAGUCCGACGCUGUCGGUGGUGGAUAUGCACACGGGCGGGGAACCCCUGCGCAUUGUGCUCGCAGGGUGUCCGGAGGUGGCCGGCGCCACCCUGCUGGCCAAGAGGCGCUACAUGCGCCAGCACCUCGACCACGUGCGACGGCGACUCAUGUUCGAGCCCCGGGGUCACCGUGACAUGUACGGGGCCGUCCUGGUGCCCAGCGAGCUUCCGGAUGCCCACAUAGGUGUCCUGUUCCUGCACAACGAAGGCUACAGCGCCAUGUGUGGCCAUGCCGUCCUGGCCCUGGGCCGCUUCGCCCUUGAUUUCGGGCUGGUGCCUGCGCCCCCUGCUGGCGCCCUCGAGGCCCAAGUCAACAUCCACUGCCCUUGCGGGCUGGUGGCUGCCUUCGUGGCCUGCGAGGGGGGCCGCAGCAGCGGCCCAGUGCGCUUCCACAGCGUCCCAGCCUUCGUGCUGGUCACAGAUCUCACAGUUGAUGUUCCUGGUCACGGGAAGGUGGUGGUAGACAUUGCCUAUGGUGGCACAUUUUAUGCAUUUGUCAGUGCUGAAAAGUUUGGACUGAACCUUUGUUCUGCCAAGACGAGGGACCUUACGGAUGCUGCACGUGCAGUGACGGCAGCAGUGAAAGCUCAGUUUAAAAUUAGUCAUCCUGAAAGUGAAGAUCUUGCCUUUCUGUAUGGAACCAUAGUAACAGAUGGGAAAGACACUUACAGUGAAGAACCAACUACCAACAUCUGUGUGUUUGCAGACAACCAGGUUGACAGAAGCCCUACCGGCUCGGGAGUGACAGCCCGGAUUGCUUUGCAGUAUCACAAAGGGCUCCUAGCACUGAACCAGACCAGAGCUUUCAAAAGCGGCGUCACUGGCUCUGUAUUCACGGGGAAGGCCGUGACAGAAGCAAAAUGUGGUGGUUAUAAAGCUGUCAUAGUGGAAGUGUCGGGAAAAGCCCAUUACACGGGUACAGCAAACUUCACCGUUGAAGAUGAUGACCCACUGAGGGAUGGGUUUCUUCUCCAGUGACUUCCUCCAUGACUCUUAAGUGCCUUUUUUUUUCUUCAAGCAAUUAUAUUAGUAAUUUUCUUUAACUCACGUGAAAACCAGUACCCAAUGUUUACACAUGUAAAGGACCUUCCACUCGUUCUAAAAUAGUGCCCAAGACAAACAGUCACUAGACUUCCUCUUGUCCCUGAGGAAGUGGGAAGAGCCUCACUGCGAACGGCGAGCUCAGCAGCAGUCUCUCCACAGCAGCAAGAUGCAGCUGCUGCUCCCGUAAAGAUUGACCGCAUUGGAAUCCCUACACCUCUGGUGUCACUCGGGGAGUUGAGGAGUGUCAUCACAGGAUGACACUGUCAGAGGGAGGAACACCACAACGACUGUCUAGAAAUUUCUGUCCCGCGUUUCAGCAUAAAUAGCUUACUUUUUAGUAAAACUAUCCCUGUAGUUAAUGAUAGCGACAGAAACAUUUUGCUUACACGUAUUAACAUACCCACAAGGCUGAAACUCUGCAAGUUCACCUUUUGAACCUUCUGAUGUGCGCCUGUCAGAGCUGUCAUUAAAUGUCAUCCAAUGUCGGUGACAUUUUGAAUUUUGUGGUUUCAUCUGCACAUACUGUUUUCAUUAUUGCAGUGUGUCUAUAGUAACUCGUUUUGUUAAAUCUUCUGGUGUUUUAGCUACAAUAUUGUUAUAAUAGGUAUUCAUGAACCCAUAUCAAUAACGGUUUUGAGAAAUAAGUAAUAAAGGAAAAGGAGAAAAGA